CCAUGUGUAGGUGGUGUGGGAGGAAGCAGUAAGAAGAACCUCUCUGCUGAUAAGCAGCUUCCUGAGCAUUCAGGAAAAUGCAGCCUUGUACAUUAUAGGCAAGGAUUACCACACAGAGUUAGAGAGAGAAAGAAACACAAAGCUUCUGCUGAAUACUUUGGCUUUUACUUUUGAAACAAACUUCUUGAAUGCAGUUUGAGUCAGCUGAUGCCGUGUUUGUGUAGUACCGUUCCGCUUGCAUUUUAAAUGUACUUCUGUUAUUGAUAAGUUGCCAUUUAAGGGAGAUAUUGCAUCUAAUCCAGACAGAACAUUGUGGAGUCUGUGGGUAAUUUCAGCCCAUGCACGCCUUGUUCUGAGGUAUAGACAGUGUGCACAGUAUGGUACAGUCUGAGCUAACUUCCAUUCCAGUAACUACUGCGAGCUGUCAAGGCCAAACUGCAGGAGAGAUCAUGGACCAAUCGUCAACUUUCUCCUCAUCAUUCAAAUCAAUGAAACAAAGCUGUCUCCAGGAGAGAAGAGGCUCUAAUGUCUCCCUUACACUGGAUGUAAGUGCCUUGGGAAAUAUUGAACCCAUCAAAUCAGUCUCCACUCCUCGGGAAAUUACUCUGCAAUACCUACAAACCACCAGUUCUCUACUAAACAAGGAACAACUAAAGGAAGCAACGAAUAAUUCACAAGCCCUGGAAGCUGAAUUCUCGAAAAUUCCACCCAAUUUUAUUGAACCCGAUGAGUUGAAUAUACCAGGUCAUGCUUCAAAAAACAGAUAUAAAACUAUUUUGCCAAAUCCACAGACCCGAGUCCUCCUCUCGUCAGAGAAGCAUGGUGAUCACCUAAGCUCCUACAUUAAUGCUAACUAUGUGAGGGGCUAUGGAGGAAAGGAGAAAGCUUACAUUGCUACCCAGGGUCCCAUGGUAAAUACAGUAAAUGACUUCUGGGAGAUGAUUUGGCAAGAAGAUUGUCCGAUAAUUGUGAUGAUAACAAAGUUAAAAGAAAAGAAUGAGAAAUGUGUUGUCUAUUGGCCAGAAAAGCAAGGUUCCUUUGGCAGGUUUGAUCUUGUUGUAAACAACCUGAAAGAAUGUGAUGGGUACAGUGUUCGGGAUCUAACCAUUAAGGAUUCCAAACAGUCUCGAAGUGUAAAGCACUAUUGGUACUCCUCUUGGCCGGAUCACAAGACUCCAGAUACAGCGCAAUCACUUCUGGACCUUGUACAAGAGGUGGCAGGAAGCAGGCAGAUUGCUGGGAACAGGGGGCCCAUUGUAGUCCACUGCAGUGCAGGGAUUGGGAGGACAGGCUGUUUCAUUGCCACAAGUAUUGGAUGCCAACAAUUAAAGGAAACCAACAAAGUGGACAUUCUAGGGAUAGUGUGCCAAAUGCGGAUCGACAGGGGUGGAAUGAUCCAGACUAGUGAGCAGUAUCAAUUCUUGCAUCAAACAUUGUACCUCUAUCAAAACAACCACUCCAAGAAUUCAGAUCCAUCAUCAGUUUCAAAGUGAAGUUGCUUCAUUCUAAUGGAUGUUUCAAAUAAAUUUUCAACAAAGGAAAAAAAGUAUAAGAUCAUGCAUAUAUGACAACUAAAAUGCUUCUGCAAUUACAUUAUUUUGAUAUUUAUGCUGCAAUAGAUUUCCAUUUAUCCGUAAUAUAAGAUAAUAACCUUACAUUGUGGGUCUGUAUGUCAUGACAGCUCAAUGGUAUACUGAAGCACAUUUCAGAUCAAGAUUCUGGUCAUUUCCCCAGUUGUUUUUUGGUCUAGAAGUCCCUGCCAUAGGUUGCUACUAGAUUACAGGUUCUCCCUAAGCAUUCUUAUGAGAAUAUUUCUUUAUUAUAUCUGUUUUAUGGUUUAUAUAUUUGUUAAUGAACAAACCAUCUGAAAUUCAAUUACAACAUAAUUAAGGAAAUUUAUUUUACCCAGAAACAUGCCCUCAAAUUCUAAUAGAUGGAGUCUGCUAAGGUUUGGCCAGCUUCUAAAAUUAUUUCACUAACAUGCACUAUUAAAAGCUCAUGAACAUAGAUGAUAGUGGCUUAUAUUUACCUGUAAUAAGUUUAAUCACAGAAAUGCUGUUUUAGCAUGUUAUAUCACUGCAUUUUCUUGUCCCAUCAAGGUGCCACAAUAAAGUGUUUCAGUCCAGCUUUAAAGGCCAACAGUGUUGCAGUGAGACAGUGCAGUGUCAAGGCAGAACUUCUUAAUUUUUCUCAGGUUUCCACAUUUAGUGAACUGAUGCACAAAGAUACUGAACAUUAUGGAUGUGUAUAUCAAUGAUCCCAGAGUAUCAAACUUUUUCUAAUACAAGCAAAAUUAUACUCCACCCAAACAUAGUUAAUGUGGCCAGGAGUAGAUGGAUUCUAUCAUGUACACUCUAAGGAAUAAAGAUGAACGAUGAGGGUACUUCCGGGAAAACGGAGAUAUUUAAAUUCUACUUCUACUAUUGGAUUUCAAAUUCCAACUGAUGUGUAAAAUUAUGUCAGGAGAGCUAAGUUUAUACUGUUAUUUUCACAUUACUUUCACUUCCUUCUUUCUCCGGUGGAUACACAUGCCCAUUUCUACCAAUUGUUUGAGUCAAAAGCAGACUAUCAACUUCCUUCUGCACCUGCAGGGAAAGUUGCACCAGCUGCCCCAAAAUAUGUAUCUAAAAAAAAUCACUAAUCAUUUCAGUCAUGUCCGUCUUUAUUCCUCAUAACUUAUGUAAUAGAAUCCAUCUAUUCCUGGCCACAAUGAUUACAUUUGGGUGGAGUACAAUUUAAUUAGACAAAAACAAUCAGUAAAGGAGGGGCAAUCAACAUUUGAGCAUUGACUAACUUACUGUAUAUGCCAAGUAAUCUUUUAAUUCACCUAUACUCCCCUUAGUAGCAGUGCAUUUUGACAUUUUGCUUUCAAUGACUGUAAUUCAAUCUGUUAUUUUCCAAAAAAUAAGUUUCCUAAUAGAUAACAAAUACUAAAUUAUCAUUCCAACAGCUUUCAUGAAAAUACAUCCAAUAGAACAUCGGUUUAGAAAGAUCAUAAUCUGCAAGCUUUCGAACAACAUACUUUAUAACAUCCUACGUUUUUAUCAUUUGUGAUUUUAUGUUUGUCUCCUAUCAAAUCAAAACCAGAUUGUGUCUGAUAAGAAUUUGGAUUAUUUAGCAGUUCCACCUUACAAUUGCUGAUAAUUCAAAUGGUGUGUUUUUAAAAGUGCAAGCAAUUGACAUUUCAACAAAAAAGGACCAAAUUUCCCCGCGAUUACUUAGCAACGUAUUUUCAUCAGUUCCCUUACAUUUUUAAUUCCCAACAAGUCGCCAAUCUACUCCCAAGUCUCUACCACUAUUUUUCCUGAAUUGUUUGUUGAAAGAUACAUAAACAUUCCUAAGAUUAAUUAUUUAGUGAUCUUAGCCUAUGGAAAUGUGUUUCCUUCUUAUAUUGACUAAAUUAGAAACUGUGUGAAUGUUGCAAAUUUGCAAAUAAAAAUCAUUAUUAUGUCUUCCUGUGGUGUACCAAUGCAAGUCAAUACCACAUUUUUCUGUACAUAUUAGUAAGUGGUUGUAACUGAAAUUUAUUUCGGUGUAACUACAUUACUGUUAGUUCCUUAUUCAUAUCCUUUUAACUAAAAUAUAGAGCUUUAUACUUCCUGUUUUAUUCCCAGGAUAAAUGGAAAACUAAUGUGAAUGAUGCAUGUUUUUGGCUCAGUUGGUAGUCCACUUGCUUCUGUUUGAGUUUGUGGAUUCACGUUCCAUUCCAGAGACUGAAAUACAAAAAUCUAGACUUAAGUACAGUACAGUACCAAAGUGGUAAUGCACUGAUGACAUGACACCUUGUGGAUGAGAUGACAAACUAUGGCUUAUUCUGCCUUCUUGAGCAGAUCUAAAAAAAUCUCAUGAAACUAUUUGGUCCUGGACAAUAUCUUUACCUCAUUCAGUAUCACUUAUAUGGAUUAUCACAUGCCUUUUUGUGGGCUACGUGCAAAUUGGUCACUAUGUUUCCUUCAUUGCAAUUCAUUAAUUGUACAAUGCUUUGCGAUGGCCAAAGGCUGAAAGGCAUUAUAUAAAUACGUCUUUUUGCAAAAAUAUAAAAGAAAGUCCACUCUAUUUUUUUAUAUUCUUCCUUUAUUGCAAAUUAAAAUAUGAAAGUUUUAUAUAGCUUGUCAACAAACAAAAAAUGUUUUAUAUAUACAUUUCAGUGCUUCACUGAAUGAAGGUAACUAUUCUAUAUGGCUAGAUUUUUUAGGAACUUUAUUUUUUGGAAACCAAAUCUGUUUUGCACAUUAAAAUUAAUGAUCUCCUGUUUAAACUUUCAGAUUCCAUUAAGUUGAAGAAUAUCUUGAUUAAAUUAUGAUGUUUAUUUUGGUUUACUUCAGUGUUGCUGCUAGAAUGUUGUACUGAUAAGACACUCAUUUUGGCAUAGUAUUAUGUUCAACAAUGCCUACGCUGCAUAUGAAAAUAUAAGAUUGUAUACUCUGCAAUAAACAAGGGAUAAAAUCCCCUCAAAGAUGACUUUAACAAAAAACUCAGCAUGAAUCUUCAUUUUGUAAGCAAGCUUGCAAUUUAAAAAUUCUACUGAAUUUUUCAUGUUAGUUUUACCUUUGCUAUCAACCAGAAGGGAAACACUGGAAAGAAAAAUAUUUAUAUUGUUUUAGUUCCAAUGGCUGAUCCAUUGAAUUCCAUGGCCCAUUGACAAUGAAAGGAGGAUAUAGACAAGUAAUUAGAAUAACAUGGAUUUCACCUUACAACUAUUGCCAUUUCCAAGCACAGCAGAAUUCAACUUUAUUUUUAACAAUCCAUCCUUUAAUUUCUAAUUAGUUUGCAAGUCCAAAUUAAUCUGAAACUUCAAUCAAUGAAUGUUAUACUUAAAUUUCUUGUUAACUAUUGGAAGAAAUAUGCUGAUAAUUAUCAUAUUUAAAUAAUAUGUUUAUACUUUGCAUUGGGGAGCCUGUUGGAGAUUUUGAAGUUGUAAAAUGCUUUUUUCUUACCUGAUAUUUUCAAAAAAGUUAUUUAAAGUACAGGAAAUUAAAAAAAUAACUGUCCAAUGCA